AUUUGCAACUUCCGUCUCAAUUUUUGAGAGACAGCAACAUCAGCCAAUAGAAUAGCACAUACAUCUGAGAGCCGACUGGAAGGUCGGUGCGUGGAAAUUGACAGGUUUGAAAAUGUUGGGUGCACGUCUGAUCUAUAAUGCUGCAAGUCGAACUGGUCCCUCGUGCUCUCAGAUGUUAACACGGCAACUCAGUCUUGGCCCUCAACUCCAUUCAUUUAAAUAUGUCAAUGCUCGGGAGGAGGCAACAGAUAUGAAAUCUGUGACUGAUCGGGCUGCUCAGACCCUUCUGUGGACAGAGUUGUUCAGAGGCCUAGGCAUGACCCUCAGCUACUUGUUUAGAGAGCCAGCCACCAUUAAUUACCCUUUUGAAAAAGGUCCGCUUAGUCCGCGGUUUCGUGGAGAACAUGCCCUGCGCAGAUACCCAUCAGGGGAGGAGCGAUGUAUCGCCUGUAAGCUCUGUGAAGCUGUAUGUCCUGCCCAGGCUAUUACCAUAGAAGCGGAGCCUCGAGCUGAUGGGAGUCGAAGAACUACUAGAUAUGACAUUGACAUGACCAAGUGCAUAUAUUGUGGCUUUUGUCAAGAGGCCUGCCCUGUAGAUGCAAUUGUCGAGGGUCCAAACUUUGAAUUCAGCACAGAGACUCAUGAAGAACUGCUGUACAACAAAGAAAAGCUUCUAAACAACGGAGACAAGUGGGAAGUUGAGAUUGGGGCAAAUAUACAGGCUGACUUUCUUUAUCGCUGAAUCCAGACGUUUGUCUUGUUCUAACUUGUGAUACUGACCUUGACAAGACUCCCAGACCUGGACAAAGUUGAUUUCUUGUUCUACUGAGGGCAGAACACUCGCCUUGUAACAACCAAUCUUCCACUCAGCUUGAUUUUCUUGCAUUAUAGCGUUUUACUAGACAGUGCACUUACCAGCUGGUGCCAGCAGAGGGCAGUGGAAACUUGUGAUAAACAUAUACAAUGAAACCAUUUCAAUAUUUGAUUUAAGAUAUUUAUACUUUGUAGAAUCCAUUGCGAAAAAUCAGCCUGUGUAAAAAUGUAUUGAUUUUACAUUUUGGUUUUAUCUGUGUGUGUAAUUUCCAUGACUAUAUAAAUAGUAUGUUCUGCAUCUGUGGCACUCACAUUUGCAAGGCACUAUUCUUCCUCUUGCUGUGAAGAAUUUUAUAAAGUUAAGCUUUGUGGUUGUCUAGGUUUGGUAUUCAAAUAACAACUCUGGUGGGGUCCAUCUAUAGUACAAAUCUGUCACCAUCGAUUUCUUAAUAAAGCUGAUUUUGUUUGAAUGCAA